UCUCUCUCUUUAAUUUUUCAAGUUUGUUUAUGUGAAAUGAUUACGAGUUUUUUAUAACAUAAUUAUCAAUAAAAAAAGAGAUGUGGGUGAAUAAUGUGUAGAUAGGCAACUAAUCUUCACGGGCAAUUGGAAUUUGACGUAUGUUAAUUUGGAAUGAUUUGUCGGAAAGUAAGAAGUUAUUGGUCUCUCAUUUUCGUGAUGAUCAACCUAUGGUACAAGGAUUUGAUAAUCUUUUGUAUUGUAAAAUAAUUCGAUUUGCUGGGGCGACUCUUGAAAUUAAAAAAAAAAAUUAAUUCUAAUUUCGAUCCGAAAAAAGAUCGGACGAAAUAGAAAUUUCAAAAACUUGGAUCUAGAAAUUUGUUCCAAAAUCAAAAUUCGUUUGCGAAAAUCGAAGACUUGAAUAUUUUUAAAUUUCUCAUACUAUGACGCACGUGAUAUAAUAAAAUCAGAAUCUCAUAUACAUUCCAAUUCCGAUUCAAAAGAGAAAAAAAAUCGGAAAUCUGAAAUUUCAAAUUAAAUUAUCAUAAUUGAACAUGAAAUUACUACUACUCUCACCUCACAAUUUUCCUCUCUUUUUCAUCACUCUACAUAAGAUAUAACAAUUUAGUUGCCUAAAAUAUUAAUUUGAUCACUGUAAGAUAGUUUAUUCACUUUCGGUCCUUAUAUUUGGUCAUGAUUAAGACAAACGAAUAUUCCUUGUGCAUUUUGCCAUAAGAAAGAGAACAAAAUAAGACUCCAGCAGGAAAUUCAAAAUUUAUAGUGCAAAUUACUGGCACCCGAGGUAAGGUCAGAUUACGAAAAAAUCCGUUUUAUUUUGGUAAUUACAACCACCCCUCAACUAUGUAUUGUCUUACAAAAAAACCCCUCAUUCAGUAGAUACAUUUGACACUGUAAAGGUAAAUGUGUUAUACGAUACAUAAUUGAGGGGGCGAUUGUAAUUACCCAAACAAGAUGAAUUUUUUUUUCUUCAUAAUUUGACCUAAUUCAAGAGUUGACCGUAAUUUGCCCAAAUUUAAGAAGCCAUCCCCACAAAGAACAGAUCAAACCAGCUUAGCAAAUAAGUAUAUAAUAAAAAAAAAACCAAUAUUAAUACAUUUCUUGAAUUUUGACUUCAUCUUUCUUCACAAACAAAAACACACACAACACACAGUGGCAAAUAACUAAAACCACUACUUCAAAAAAAUUGCUAACAAUGGACUCAAAAUCUCAUCAAAUUCUCCACAUUUACUUCAUUCCGAUGAUGGCGCCGGGCCACAUGAUACCGAUGAUAAACACAGCCAGACAAUUCGCUAGGCUCGGUGCAAAGUCAACCAUAAUCACUACAUCCUCUAACGCAGCCCGAUUCUCCCAAACAAUCGAACGUGACAGAAAAAACGGAUCCCAGAUCAGCAUCUCCCUCAUCAGAUUCCCUUGCCAAGAAGCAGGCCUGCCCGAGAGCUGCGAAAAUCUAUCUUCCGUAACUACCGUCGAAAUGUCCAUGAAUUUCAAAAAAGCCCUUCAUUUACUUCGAGAACCAAUCGAAGAUCUUCUGCAGAAACAGGCCAAUUGUUAUCCAGAUUGUAUUGUUGCGGAUUCAUUCUUCUUGUGGGCUAAUGAUGUGGCGCUCAAGCUGAAUAUUCCGAGGGUGUUGUUUUACGGUACGGGUUCUUUUCCAGUGUGUGUUUACAAGAGCUUGAUGGAGAAUAAAUCUCAUGAGAGAGUUGGAUCGGAUUUUGAAGAAUUCGUCGUCGUGGGCUUGCCCGAUGAGGUGCGGCUUUCGAGACGACAAAUUCCGGAUCAACUCAAAGGAGAUGAUAAUAAUAAUAAUGAUCAUCCGAUGGCUGAGAUUUUUAGGAAGAUUUUGGAAUCGGAAUCGGCUAGCUUUGGAGUGAUAGUAAACAGCUUUUACGAGAUGGAACCGGCUUAUGCAACAUAUUAUAAGGAGAUUAUCGGUGCGAGAGCGUGGCAUAUUGGUCCUGUUUCACUUUUCAAUAGGAUCAAUGAAGAUGAUAUAUCCUCCCAUGAGUGCUUGAGUUGGCUGAAUUCCAAGAAACCGAACUCGGUUUUGUACGUGUGUUUUGGCAGUUUGGCAUUUUUACAAACACCUCAGCUGCACGAGAUUGCAAAGGGGCUUGAAAAUUCCGGCAGAGAUUUCAUAUGGGUUGUUAGGGAAGGGGUGAAAUUGGAUGAAGAAAUCGACGCGAGGAUCGAGGGGCGAGGUUUGAUAAUCAGGGGGUGGGCCCCGCAGGUGCAGAUUCUCGACCAUGAAGCUGUCGGAGGGUUUGUCACGCACUGUGGGUGGAAUUCGGUGAUUGAAGGAGUGGCGGCCGGGGUUCCGAUGAUCACGUGGCCGCUAUCGGCGGAGCAGUUCUUCAAUGAGAAAUUGGUAGCGGAGAUUCUGAAGAUUGGAAUUCCGGUGGGUGCUCGGGAGUGGACGAAACGAACGGAAGAGAGAGAGGUUAUAAAGGGGGAGAAUAUAGAGAGAGCGGUGGCGCAGUUGAUGGGUGGGGAAGAAGAAGCUGAGAGAAUGAGAAUUAGGGCUAGAGAAUUGGGGGAUAUGGCGAAGAGGGCUGUUCAAGAAGGUGGAUCUUCCGACAUUGAUCUGAAGUCUCUCAUGCAAGAAUUAAGGAUGUUUCAUCAUCUUUGAGGUGAAAAUGAUUUAGUAUGUAUCAAACUUUUUUAUUUUAUUUUUAAAUAAUUUAUUUAAUAAAAUGGAUUUUAAUCUUCUGGGUUUUGAUUUAAUUCCUAAUAUCAAUUUUCAAGAAUGUAAAAACUGAAAACAUAAUAAAUUGUUGCAAUAGACAUGCAUCUAGGGGUGUCGAGUUGAACGCGCGUGUGUUCAACUUUGUUUGAAUUU